UUGGCAGGGAAAGAGCAAAGCUUUCGCAGGUGGCAGGGCCAAACACAGACCAAAAGUAUCAGCAUAAAUUCACCCUGGUACACCGCCUGAGAACAUGUUUGGUAGAAAAAUCAAAGAUUGAAGUUAAGAAAUACCUGGAAACUAGCCCAGCCCAUGACAUGAAUAUUUAGUCAUUAAGCAAAUUAUAUUGAAUAUAUAGGAAUAGAGAUUGGUGUUGCCAAAAAUUCUGUACUUAGCAGAACAAAAUCAUUGUGACUGAGGCUUAAUUCUUGCUAAACAUCACAUUAUUUGGGUGUCUCACACAGAGCUAUGCCCAUAAAGCCUGAUGUUGAGAAAAUAUUUUUUAACUUUUCUUCACAUGAGGGGGUGAUAGUUUCAUGCAUAAAUUUUGUGUGUAAAUUGCUGCAUGGGUCUGCAUCACAAUCAGUGAAUUGUCUUCUGUCUAACCUUUUAGAAAUUUACUUUAAAGGCACUUAUGGGUUUUCUAAGGCAUGCCUGUAGGAUAGUUGAGCAGUGAUAGUGUUCUUCUGCACAUGGAAAGACUGCAUCUGAAACCCUUCUUCAGGGCUUAGGACAGGGAUUCAAAUACACCACCAAAAUCUGAGUAGGUGUUCCAGUCAUGAAGUUAUUUUGUGGUAGCUCUUUUGACAUGGGUUUUGUUGGGUUUGUUUUGUUUAAAAACAUAUGGAAGUUGUUUUAUUCCGGAUGUGGAAUAACUUCGCGUUCUUAAACUAAAUUGCCUUUAUCAGCUCCACAUAACCAACAUAUGGGGCCAUACAGGACCUUUACUAAAAAAGAUACUGAUUCGGGACAUCGAAUCUUGGGCUAUUCAUAGGGAAAAGACACUGGUAUCAAUGAAACUGAAAAGUGGAGCCAACACAUCAGUAACUCACCAUAAGAAUGUAGCUUCCUGUACAGAUGUGUUGUUUCAGAAAUUGUUUCCUUCGGAGAAGAGCCUGUCUUGGCAGUAUCCUUGUUUUCUUCUUGGUUAUUUUUCCUCUGUCCAGUCUGAUCUGAGAACUUCUUAAUGAUAAAAGCCUUUAUGUGGCUGGAUGAAUAUACUAAAUGAUUUUGAAUGUGCUGUAUUGCACUGGGCUGCCCACAGUGACAGUGACAUUUAACUGGAAAUUGCUGCACCUGUUGACUUGCAAUAUCUAGGGGUGAAUGGGAGAAGCUGUUUCCAUUGACCUCCACUCCAUGCUUUGCUCUCUUCAGGCAAGUGAGGAACCACCGCUGGCAGCCUGUUGGGAGGGAGAAGCCAGUGAUAACAGCAGUGGGUGCUUUGGUGGUAGUCAGAGCCAAUGUGGGAAGAGGAAUUGCGGUAACCCCCAGUUCUCUGGCAGGUUUUCCUUGGAUAUGGCACAUGAACACGAGAUGUCUGGCAAAAUUUUGAGAAGGCUCAAGGCGUUAAAGAAAGCUCAUCUAAAUAAAGGAGAGUUAACGUGACAUUGCAGUUACUUAAUCCUUUAUUGUCCUGCCAUGUGACUGCAGGGAUACUAAGGCGCAGCAUUGCUUUUGCCUUUCCUGUCAUCUUCUAGAAUUAGGUGCUUCAUUAAACCCACCAUGGGAAGGAAACAGAGGAGCAACGAACUUUCUACAGCAAGGCUUCAACACACAGUGACAUUUCCAAGGCACAGUGACAAGCUCACAGCUGAAGAAUGAAUCAAAGGCAAACCCUACAGCCAGCUCUUGGACUGGUACCAGAAUCAAGUAGAACUCCGCUCUUAAGGUCAGCUAUUCAAAAUUAACUGGAGGUAUCUGAAUUUAUUAGGAGCAGUUAAUCAGCUUUCUGUUUGACCUUUAUCUAUCAAGUUGUUUUUCAAAGCAUCAAGCUAAAGCCUGAAUAUUUGUGUCAAAUAUUUUCCAUGUGUCAAAUGUACUGUGUAGACACUGAGCACCUUGCCGCUUUCUUGCACAAAUUUUGCAGUUUUAAUUGCAAAGCCUCUUUCACCUUGUAGCUGAAGAUCCCGACGUACUCACUCUGUGAGUGAAAAAUUGAUGUAUACGGCUUCCAGUUUAUCUCUGAUUUUGAACAGGACAUGCAAUAUGCAGAUUGGGCAGAUAUGUUUUUUGAGUAAUUUUCAAACUAAUCCUUGGACUUUCCGUAAACAGCUUUUUUUUUGCUACAUUUGUCACAGUUUCUAUUAUGUGCAGGAUUGCAUAUUCAUUCAGAAUUACUUCAUUUAAGCUUGCUAUUGCGACAUCUGGUUAAUGGGGAAGUGAUUACCCUGUAGACUAUGACAACAGGAUAUGUGAAUGAAGGAGGUCAUGGAAAACACCGCUGUUCCAGGUGGAAUCAUGAGGAUAGUGGAGAAGAUGAUGGGCACCCGGAGUGCUAUGGAGGAGAUGAAGUGAACAGGCAACACAGGCUGACCCCAUUUGAGAAACUAAUGCAGGAUAUGUCUCACAAUGAAAAAGUGGUGAAAGAAUUAACCCUGGGAAAGAGAAUUGCCUUCUAUCGAGUCAGAGGAGAAAUAGGAAGUGGGAAUUUCUCACAAGUGAAGCUUGGAAUUCAUUCCCUAACUAAAGAGAAAGUUGCAAUUAAGAUUUUAGACAAGACAAAGCUAGACCGGAAGACUCAGCGUUUGCUGUCUCAUGAGAUAUCCAGCAUGGAGAAGCUGCACCACCCAAAUAUCAUCAGGCUGUAUGAAGUGGUGGAGACACUCUCAAAACUGCACCUGGUGAUGGAGUAUGCAGCAGGUGGGGAGCUCUUCACUAAAAUCAGUACAGAAGGAAAGCUGCUAGAAACGGAGUGUAAAAUAAUCUUCUCCCAGAUUGUGUCUGCUGUGAAGCACAUGCAUGACAAUAACAUAAUUCACCGGGACCUGAAAGCAGAAAACGUCUUCUACGCCAGUAACACCUGUGUUAAGGUGGGAGACUUUGGAUUCAGCACAAUAAGUAAAAGAGAUGAAACUUUAAAAACUUUCUGUGGCUCUCCUCCUUAUGCUGCUCCUGAACUCUUCCGAGAUGAAAACUAUAUAGGCAUCUAUGUGGACAUCUGGGCACUAGGAAUCCUACUAUACUUCAUGAUGACGGGUAGCAUGCCAUUUCGGGCAGAUACUGUAGGCAAACUGAAGAAGUGCAUUCUUGAAGGGACAUACACUUUGCCUCCUUGCCUCUCAGAAAAUUGCCAGAAACUGAUAAAAGGAGUCCUUCAGCCCAUACCAACCAAGCGAUACUCUGUCAAACUGAUUAUGAACAGCGAAUGGAUGCAAGGCAUACAGUUUCCCAAACCUUUACAGACAUUUAAACUGGAUCCUAAGUAUUUAUCAGACAUCAGUACACUCAAAGAAGAAGAAAUUGAAGUGAAAAAUAUCCUGGAAGAUCUGGGAAUCACAGAGCAGCACAUUCAAAAUAACCGGGGAAGAGAUGCACGCAGCUCAAUAACAGGGGUCUACAGGAUUGUGCUGCAUAGAGUACAGAAGAAAAGGGCACUUGAAUCUGUUCCUAUCAUGUCCCACCCAGAUCCCACAGAACAAGACUUGAGGAAAGCAAUCCAUUCUUACAGUGGGAUUAAGCACACAUCCAAGCUGUGUUCUAUUUUAUAAAUUUGCACUGCAGACUUUAUACUCAGCACAUUUGACAGAGGGGAUUAUUCACUUUUCAAAGGGGAUUAUUGAUUUUUCCUAAAUUCUGGUGUUACAUUUUUUUAUUUGUAAUUUGAAUAAACCAAAAAUGCCUCCUCUUCUUUGCAUUUCUCAAGUCACAGUGAAGCACUCAAACACUGAGCUCUCGUGCAUUUGUUUGAUCCUUGCUCCAGAGACAUGGUAUAGCCAGUGCAAGAACCCCAGUAAUUGAAAGGAUCGUGAGUGGAGGUGAUCGUUUAGUAAAGAUCAUACCACUGUAUUUAAGCCACUUGGAGAUUCCUGGUACAGGAAUGUAACAGCUAACUUCUGAAAAGCUGUAUGUCAGCUUGACACAACUCUACCACUGCAAACCAGGACAGUUUUUGCACAGAACUAAAUUUAAGCAGAGACCAGACCAUAAUCUAAACAAUUGCAAAUUCUUCUUUUGAACUUCCUCAUCAAGAUAGUUUUAAAAAAGCAUUUUCUUUUAAGAAACAGCAAUGCUGCUGUUGACUGCAGUUCUGUUUGUCAUGAUUCCAAAAGACAAAUUAAGAUACAGUGCAUAUGUGGUUGCCAUUCCUAAUGCCUGACUGGUUGGACUACUAUCAGCUAACCUUCUGACCCCUUCCACUACUUGCAUGAUUCUGUCAGUUGGGAACUGCUUCAACUCAUUGCACUUCAAUAACGAAAGAUUUAAGUGUACUCCAAAAUUCACGUAGUUUUAAAUUCUUGCUGUAGCACUUGUUACCAAUAGCUGAACACAACCAGUAGCAAAAUCCACUUGUAUCUGCUGAGCAUUACAGGCUUGCACUCAGUCCUGCCACGCUGCUUUGGCAACCAAAGCUGGAACAAAUAUGAUUUUGACACUUGGCCACUGCAAGUUAAAGUUGGAUAGGCUGACACCAACAGUUGUUCUGAGCAUCACCAAGAUGUAGAUGCUUGAAUUUUCAGCUUUAAUUGCUGAUUUUAUACCUUCAACAGCAUCAGCUCCAAUGCAAA